UCUCUGAGUGACAGCGAGGAUUUCGCUUCGCCCGGAGCGACGUCACACACCAAGGUGGAAGAAGACGAGCGCAUUUUUUUCCUCCCUUUAUCAUCCAAAGAAAACACAUCGACAGACUGACUGUGGCGCACACACAGACGUCUCUUACCUACCUGCAGCCGGUGCGCACCGAAACACGAGGAGUCCAUCAGUGCGUCAGAGAACCGACAUCAUCCAGCAGCACCAAAAAAAGACAACCUUUAAAACGUCUUUUUAAAUGCAUCACUGCUAUUCUUCUUCUAUAAUACCAUUUUCAUUGUUUUAACUAUCUCACCAAAGAGUGGAGAGGCUCCUGGUGUCCUCACAACACCACCACCGUGCGCUUCUGGUUCUGUUCCUGCAGCCACAGAGGACUCCACAGCUCGGGAGAGUCACUUCUCCUCAGCACAAGUUUUUUGAAAGCAUGUAAAUGUGCUGCGACAGAUGGAGCAGAAAGACAAUGAAGAGGUUAACCACACCUUUGAAAAAGCGGACAUCUCUCCAGUAGCCUCUUGACCAACUUUGUUGCGCAUUAAUAAGAUGCGCCUCGCAGAGGAGAGGAGUUGGAUGAGGAACUUUUCGCGUUGACAGACAGUUUCCAUCAGUGAGGAGAAGUUUGACACCGUCAGAAAAAACAAGGACCUCCUAUGUAUUUAAGAAAUAAUCCAACAAGAUCGUCAGUACUUUGAACUUCUCCUGGAGGAUUUUCUGCUGUUCACCAUGACGGUUCGUCUCUCUCGGAUCCAGCUGGCCCUGUUCUUUAUCCUGCUCUGUCCGGUCAAUAUCAUCGGACUCUGGUGGGCGGUGGGCAGUCCGCUGGUGAUGGACCCCAACAGCAUUUGCAGGAAGGCGAAGCGUCUAGCGGGGAAGCAGGCUGAGCUGUGCCAGACUCAACCAGAGAUCGUCAGCGAGGUGGCCAAAGGAGCCAGGCUGGGCGUUAGAGAGUGCCAGUACCAGUUCAGGUACCGCCGGUGGAACUGCACCAGCCACAACAAGUACUUUGGCAAAAUACUGCAGCAAGAUAUCCGGGAGACGGCGUUUGUUUAUGCCAUCACGGCGGCCGGUGUGACCCACGCCGUGACCCAGGCCUGCAGCAUGGGAGACCUCCUGCAGUGUGGCUGCGAGGCGACCAGGAACAGAGCACCUCCGAGGCCGUCCUCCUCCUCCCCCCCUGGGGAUGGAGUCAAGUGGGAGUGGGGGGGAUGCGGAGAUGAUGUGGAGUUUGGUUAUGAGAAGUCGAAACAGUUUAUGGAUGCCAAGAGGAGAAGGGGCAAGAGUGACAUCAGGACGCUCGUUGACCUGCACAACAACGAGGCCGGGCGGCUGGCGGUGAAGCUCUACAUGCGGACAGAGUGCAAGUGCCACGGCCUGUCGGGUUCGUGCACCUUGCGCACAUGCUGGAAAAAGAUGCCUCAUUUCCGUGAGGUGGGCGACCGCCUGCUGGAGCGCUUCAACGGCGCCUCCAAGGUGAUGGGCGGCAACGACGGCAAGACCCUGAUCCCCGUCGGCCAGAACAUAAAGCCGCCGGAUAAGCAGGAUCUGAUCUACUCUGACGAGUCGCCCGAUUUCUGCCUCGCAAAUCGGAAAACUGGUUCACUGGGGACACGGGGGCGCAUGUGCAACAGCACAGCCAUGGACAUCAGCGGCUGCGACCUGCUGUGCUGCGAGCGCGGCUACCGGGAGGAAACGGUGGUGCUAGAGGAGAACUGCCUGUGUCGUUUCCACUGGUGUUGUGUGGUCCAGUGCAAGAAGUGCUUGGUCCGGAAAGAGCUUAGUCUCUGUCACUGAUGAACUGAUGAACUGAGGUCGACAGCAGUCAGUACGACUUGGCUGAUUAUAAUAAACUUCUGUUACAUUUUGAGGUUUUUGCUUUAGUUUGGCUAGUGUGGAAGAAGGAUAGGGUUUGGAUUUUCAUGGUGAUCCUUUUUGUUUCCGUUUUUGCACCAGCCACAUUCAGAUAAUGCCCCAAAGAUGUUCAUUUCAUAUAGUAUUUGAUCCCAGUUCUGGCUGUUUGGUUCCCAGGAAUUUCUGACAGUCAUAAGAGUUGCUGGCCAAGCUUCAAAAGGUACAGAAAGUAAAUGCAACCACAUGGAAACAAUGGCAAUGGGGGACUAAAAGAAGUCAUAUAGAGAAAUGUUUCUUUCUGAACUACCUAUUUUUCUUUUUCUUGUGUAUGAAAAAGGACCAAAGAAUGUGACAAUUUGUAUUUCCCAUCUCAACAAAAGAGGAGGACCUACAGUAUGCACGGAGGUUUCUUAGUGUCACUUCCACCUCCAGUUCAACAACAGAGCUCGACGUUGACUUCCAUCUAAAACCAAAGAGUUUCAGACUUCAUCUUGUGCUGAUGCGCCUGAUUUGGUUAUGGAAUUUCCCCAACUGACCGUUUGCUAAGCCCCGUCUCCCUUUGUUAAUACCCCUGUGCAGCUUCCCAUUCUCACAUAUACAGUUUACAAUAACAGCGCAAGAUUUACCACUGAAAUUCUUAGUAAUUUUUGCAACAAUGGGUCCUUGAUUUCAGACAGAGAUUGACAAAAGCAGGCUUCAGUUUUGCCAAGUGGAGUUAUAACUGUCACUGGCAGAUUUUAUCAGCUGUAGCUGAUGAGCUCCAACUGUCUUGUUUUAAAACAGGGACAGUUAGCUAAACAAAUGAUCCUUGGUCUUGGAUGUAACUGCAGUAGCCUACCGGUAGUAAGCUAUUUAGCUGGGCAAUAGUACAAUUGCAGCCUUCAUUGGAGCAACUAUUCUUUAUACUCUUGUGUUUUGGGUUUUGGAAAGGCUAAAAAAGAAAAACACCGCCCUGCAAACUAUGCAGAGCAUCACUCUUACAUGACGUCAGCAUGUGGAGAAACCCUAAGCCUGACAGACCUGCCAUGCCCUGUUACGGUCGCCAAGCUAUGAUUGGCCAGUUGCUGUUUGUUUGAGGGGUUUAGCGAACGAUCAAGGAUCAAUAGAAAGAUUAAGGAUCUCACUAUGGCCCUAUAUAAUAUUAUUAUAAGCAAUAAUCAGAGCAUCUUUACAUUUUACCCCAAAUCUUUAUAGAGGUUGAUAUAUAUCUGUCUCUCAGUUACAGUAACUGUGGCCUUUAAAUGAAUAUCACACACCAAAUACAAAGAGAUGCUGGUCUUGACUUUCUUUUUUCUGCUACUUCGUCAAACAUAUACCAAAAAAAGGGAAAUGGUAUCACAUUAUCAUAUUUGAAGAAUGCUAGCUGUCAACACCAUGUUUAGCAGGUGUGGACUUGGCCUGCCAGCAAAGACUGUUAUUUAUAUAAAGAUAUGAUGACAAGACUACUCACUUCCAUCUCUCUCAGAAGCACUUUGGCUGCCGCGGACUUCCUCAAUAGCUUGGCAAUAAAACCUUUUUGCGGUUGUCUGUUUCUAUUAAACCAAAAGAGCAACCUUUGACAUUGUUUGGUAUCGAGAAAAUGUAUAUAAUGUAUUUUGUUUAUCUGUUAUGAUAUACAGGGCUAAUGUAAUAAUGCACUUUGGAUGUUAGCUUUCGUUUGAUACUGUAUUUGCAUAUGUGUGUGUGAGUGUGUGUGUGAGAGAGAAAGUGUUGAGUAUGUGUUUGUACAGGUUGGCCAGUUAUCACCGUAUCCUUCAGUUGACAGUACUUUUUAUACAGGCCUAUAUCUUCAAGUUGCUGUCUGACGUUAAACUGCAUUAUGUUGGUUAUUGAAAGCACACAUGCUCUUUGACUCUCUGUCUCUGUGUGAGGCAGACAAGAUCUUUUAUUUGUUCCUUUUCAGAGGAAGUAUGUUUCCCAUAAACCUGUCAUCUCAUUUACACUUACGUUUUAUUACCAAUGUACAGUAAGUAUACUGAACUAUAAUAAUACAUUGCCUCCACUUGUUCUGAUAAGGCUGUUUGAGUACACUGAGUGUUCAGGUUCAGCUUGUUUUGAUCUGAUCUCACAGUUGGUGAUGUUUGUGUUUCAGGAGGCGAUCAUGAUUCAGAGCUGGCUUGACCAUAGUUACUUUCAAUAUCUUCUAUAUGACAGCUUUUUGAAGGGGCAAAAUCAAACGACCACCUUGAUUAGUGACAUGUUUUAGGAUGGCUGUAAUGUGGGCAAUAUCUCCCAAACACUUUAUAUGAUUAAUGUGCGUGUAGCUUUGUUUAGUAACGUUUCAACUAGACCAACAUAAUUUUAAUUCCAAAGUAAAAAAAAACAUUGGUAUACAGUAUAUUUUCAGUAGCAGUUAGCAGUAAUCCUUACACAGAAUUCACACCAGGCAGCGGCGAAGGGCGUUUCGCCGCAAUAAUUAAAUUUUUCUGCGGCCGAGAGACAUUCAUGUGUUUCAGGCGGGAAAAAGGUGUUUUGUAACAUACGUCAACACGAACCAGGAGUCACAGGAUCUGUUUACUGAUUGGUUGCAGGUCCUCUCUGACCGCAUUUCACCAGUAAAAGUUGAACUUUUCCCAACUUUUGUUUGGCCGCACUUCCCCGCAGAAUCAAACGGCCGCAGCUCGCUGAACUCGGGGUCGGCCGCUGCAGCUUUAUAUUGCAUGGCAGUUCGCCGCACUGGUGUGAAUUUGGCAUUGCAUUUAAGAGACUAUAGUCAAAUUUAUUUUUGAAAUAUUCAUCGAAAGCAUUUUAGGAAGAAAUACAUUUUGAUCCUGAAUCCAGUUGUAUGAACAAGGUCCCACAGUUUCAUAUUUUGCGGUUGCAAGACAUAUAGUCAAAGUUAUUAUUUGGAUGAUCACUAUUUCAGCAAAUGAGAGUAGUUCUGUGAAAAGCUCACAUGUAUUUAAUAUUAGAAUGAUAUCAACAACAACAUAAACUCUCACACACUUGUUAUGAAAGGGCCAUAAAUAUACAGUACAUGGUAAUCAUGCUGACAUGCUUUUCAAACAACAAAACAUUUCAGUGGCAACUACAUAAAGCAACCCGUCUUUGGCCAACUAUUGUGUUUGUGUCAAACAACUUAACAUCGAUUUGUUAUCUAUUUAAAGACAUUCUUUCAUGUUUGCUUCAUGUUUCAUUAUGCUCUUCAUUUUUGUAUUCUUCAGAAAUCAUUUCAUAUCUGGAUGUUAUGUUGCAUUUUCAUUUAACGUAAAACUACCGUGUGUGAGUCACAUUCAAAACACUAUUCAAAUAAAAUGUAAAACAUU